CUGUUAGAAACGUCAAAUUGCAUCCACGCAAGAGCUAAGAACGAGCUUGCCGAAUUGCGCCUCGCCGACACAAAACAACUCGGUCUCAAGUGCAAACGAGGAAAACUUUACAAGCGUCUCUCUGGCUGUAUGACACCACGAUAGCUGUAUUGGUUUAGCGAGGCGGCUGCGCACGUCAAGCCCUCGCGGGUCGGCGCGAGGAGCUGCGAAGGAUGAAGCAUGUGGAGCAAAAGAAAGAGCAGCCAGCACCGCUGGUCUGCACGAAGGACCCCUACAAGGAGCAGAACCUGCCGCGGAAAAUCCAGCAAAUCAGCUUCGGCGUGCAGACGCCGCAGGAGAUUGUGAAAUGCGGUGUGCUACAGGUGUACGAGCGUGCGCUGUACAAGAUGCCGGAGCGUGUGCCGGCGGCCAACGGCGUGCUGGACCGCCGACUGGGCGUGAGCAACAAGAACUACGUGUGUGAGACGUGCGGGCACAAGCUGGCGGACUGCGCCGGGCACUUCGGCUACAUCAAGCUGGAGCUGCCGGUGUUCCACAUCGGCUACUUCAAAAACACGGUGCAGAUCCUGCAGUGCAUCUGCAAGGCCUGCAGCCGCGUGCUGCUGCCGGACGAGGAGCGCCGUGUGUGGCUCAAGCGCUUCCGCAACCCGCGAGUGGAGCGGGUGCAGCGCGGGCUCAUGUUCCGCAAGCUCAACGACCGCUGCAAGCGCCAGCGCAACUGCCCCUACUGCGGCGAGUACAACGCCACCGUCAAGAAGGCGUCGGGCGCGCUGAAGAUCGUGCACGAGCGGUUCGCCAAGAACGUGACGCUGUUCGAGGAGUACAAGGAGACGCUGUCGGACGCCAUGAAGUACAACGACCAGCUCAAGGGCCACCUGCACCGCCUGGCCGACGACCUGCACCCGCUGCGCGUGCGGGCGCUGUUCGAGGCCAUCCCCGACGAGGACCUGGACCUACUGGACAUCCAGGGCCGGCCCGAGGACCUAGUGGUGACCCACGUGGCUGUGCCGCCCGUGGCCAUCCGGCCCAGUGUGGAGAUGGACGGCGCCAGCAACGAGGACGACAUCACCAUGAAGCUCAUGCAGAUCAUCGAGGUGAACAACGUGCUGCGGCAGGGGCUGGAGAAGGGGCUGCCCAUAUCCAACCUCAUGGAGAACUGGGACUUCCUGCAGGUCCAGGCGGCCAUGCUCAUCAACAGCGACCUGCCGGGCCUGCCCGCGCAGUUCCAGAUGCCGGGCCGACCGCUCAGGGGCUUUGUGCAGCGGCUCAAGGGCAAGCAGGGUCGCUUCCGCGGCAACCUGUCGGGCAAGCGUGUGGACUUCAGCGGCCGUACAGUCAUCAGCCCCGACCCCAACCUGCAGAUCUUCCAGGUGUGUGUGCCUCAGCACAUGGCGGUGGUGCUGACCUACCCGGAGCGCGUCACCAGGCACAACGUGGAGAAGCUGCGGCAGCGCGUGCUCAACGGCAUCUCCACCUGGCCCGGCGCCAACUUCGUGGUGACGCCCGACGGCGACAAGCAGUUCCUCAAGUUCGGAGACCGGCGAAAGAUCGCCUCGGAGCUCAAGAUGGGCUACAUUGUGGAGCGGCACCUGGAGGACGGCGACGUCGUGUUGUUCAACCGCCAGCCCAGCCUGCACCGCAUCUCCAUCAUGGCAUUCAGGGCCAAGGUCCGCACCUGGCGCACGCUGCGCUUCAACGAGUGCGCCUGCUCGCCCUUCAACGCCGACUUCGACGGCGACGAGAUGAACCUGCACCUGCCGCAGACGGAGGAGGCGCGGGCGGAGGCGAACAACCUGAUGGGCAGUGUGCACAACCUGGCCACGCCCAAGAACGGCGACAUCAUGAUCCACGCCACGCAGGACUUCCUGACCUGCGCCUUCCUGCUGACCAGCAAGGACCGCUUCUACAGCCGCGCCGAGUUCUGCGGCCUGCUGGCCACCAUGGCCGACGGCCUGGAGCACAUCGACAUACCCACGCCCGCGCUCAUAAAGCCGCUGGAGCUGUGGACGGGCAAGCAGCUGUUCAGCUGCCUGGUGCGCCCCGCCGCGGGCUGCCGCGUGUUCGUGAACCUGGAGAUGGCGGAGAAGGUGUACACCAAGAAGGGCGAGCACAUGUGCCCCAACGACGGAUGGGUGUGCUUCCGCAACAGCGAGCUCAUCAGCGGGAGACUGGGCAAGGUGGUGUUGGGCGGCAGCAAGUCGGGUCUGUUCGGCACGCUCAACUGCGACUACAGCCCCUACGCCGCCGCCUCCGCCAUGAGCCGCCUGGCCAAGAUGGCGGCGCGGCACAUGGGCAACCGCGGCUUCUCCAUUGGCAUCGACGACGUGACUCCGGCGCCGGUGCUGGAGAAGGCCAAGGCGGAGACGGUGCAGAAGGGCUACAGCGACUGCACCGAGUUCAUCACCGCCUACCGCAAGGGUCAGCUGCAGCUGCAGCCCGGCUGCAACGCCGAGCAGUCGCUGGAGGCCAACAUGACGGGCGUGCUCAACAACAUCCGAGAGGUGGCGGGCAAGGUGUGCAUGGACACGCUGGACUACCACAACAGCCCGCUCAUCAUGUCGCAGUGCGGCUCCAAGGGCUCGCCCAUCAACAUCGCGCAGAUGGUGGCGUGCGUGGGCCAGCAGUCCGUGGGCGGCAAGCGCUGCUUCAACGGCUUCCGCGAUCGCACGCUGCCGCACUACCCGCGCGGCGACAAGACGCCCGCGGGCAAGGGCUUUGUGGCCAACUCCUUCUACAGUGGCCUGUGUGCCACGGAGUUCUGGUUCCACACCAUGGGCGGCCGCGAGGGGCUGGUGGACACAGCCGUUAAGACCGCAGAGACAGGCUACAUGUCCCGCCGCCUGAUGAAGGCUCUAGAGGACCUGUACGCGCACUACGACGCCACCGUGCGCAACGCGGCGGGCGGCAUCGUGCAGCUGCUGUACGGCGAGGACGGAAUGGACCCGGUGGCCAUGGAGGGCAAGGACGGCAAGCCGCUGGACUUUGGGCGGCUCAUGGCCAAGGUGCGCGCCACCACUCGGCGGCUGCCCAUGGCCGCGGGCGGCGCCACCGAGGUACCGCUGCCGGCGGCGCUGGAGGCGGCGGUGGCGGCGCAGCUGGCGCGGACCGAGCUGUCAGGAGUCCUGCUCAACGCCGCGGGACAGCCCGAGGCGGCGGCGGCAGGCGGCGGCGGCAAGGCGGGCAAGGGCGGCGCGGGUGCUGGAGCCAAGGCGGCGCAGGAGGGCAAGGGCGGGAGAGGAGGCGGCAAGGCGGGAGGUGGCGGUGGCACGCUGGAGCUGGGUGCGCCGUGGUGCAGCGAGGCGUUCCGCAAGGGGCUCAAGAGCUUCCUGGAGGGGCAGGUGGCCCAGUACCGCGCCGCGCGCAAGCGGCUGGGUCUGGAGGAGGAUGCCCGCGGCGCCGCGCUGGCCGAGUACGUGGCGGGCCAGGACGGCCUGACGCGGCCGCAGCUGGAGGCCUUUGUUGCCAUGUGCCUGGCCAAAUACGCCACCAAGCGCAUCGACCCGGGCUCCACGGUGGGUGCGGUUGGCGCUCAGUCCAUUGGCGAGCCGGGUACGCAGAUGACGCUCAAGACCUUCCACUUCGCGGGUGUGGCCAGCAUGAACGUGACGCUGGGGGUGCCGCGUAUCAAGGAGAUCAUCAACGCCGCCCGCACAAUAUCCACGCCCAUCAUCAAGGUGGCUCUGGCGGUGGACAACGACGUGAAGGCGGCGCGGCUGGUGAAGGGGCGGCUGGAGAAGACCACGCUGGGGCAGGUGGCGAGGCACAUCAAGAUCGUGCUCAAACCCGGCCGCGUGGCGGGCGGCAGCCUGGCUGGCAGCCCCGACCUGUCGCCGGCGCUGUCCCCGGGGGGCCCCGACGGCGGCACGGGGGCGUACGGCGGCGGCACCAGCGGCCCGCGCAUCCAUGGCGAGGCCGCGAUCUCCAUCCGCCUGGACAUGAGCACCAUCGAGGCCCUGCAGCUGGACAUUGACGGACACACAGUCAAGUACUCUAUCCUGGCACACCCCAAGCUCAAGCUCAAGGAGCAGCACGUGCGCGCAGUGGCCCAGGACAAGGUGCUGGUGUACCCGCCCGACGCCUCCAGACAGGGGCUGCUGUUCUGCCUGGAGGGGCUGCUGGCCAAACUGUCCAAGGUGAUUGUGAUGGGCAUCCCCACAGUGGAGCGCGCCGUCAUCACCAAGGAGAAGGGCGACAAGUACGCACUGCUGGUGGAGGGCACCAACGUGCAGGCGGUGCUGGGCACACUGGGCGUGGCGGGCACACACACCACCACCAACCACAUCAGCGAGAUCGAGAAGUUCAUGGGCAUCGAGGCCGCCCGCUCCGCCAUCAUGUCUGAGAUCAAGUACACCAUGUCCAGCCACGGCAUGUCCAUCGACGACCGACACAUCAUGCUGCUGGCAGACUGCAUGAGCUACAAGGGCGAGGUGCUGGGCAUCACGCGCUUCGGCAUUGCCAAGAUGAAGGACAGCGUGUUGCACACGGCCUCCUUCGAGAAGACCGCCGACCACCUGUUCGACGCCGCCAUUCACGGCCGCGUGGACGAUGUGGUGGGGGUGUCGGAGAGCAUCAUCAUGGGCAUCCCCAUGCCCACAGGCACAGGGCUGUUCCGCAUCCGACACAACGUGGCGGGCCAGGUGGGAGCCCUGUUCGAGCGGCCGCUGCCGCUGCUGUCCUACUCCAACGCAAGCCUGGACAGACACGUGGCGGCGCCAGCGGCGGCGGCGCCAGCCAGCCCCACCGCGGCGGCGGCGGACGGCACAGGCGGCGGCGGCGGCGCGGCCCCCAUGGCUGUGGACGGUGCCGCGCAGGGGUGACCCCGGCACCUGCCCCACGGCCGCACGCACCGGUCUGACUGCUGCUAAGUGAAGGUGUUGGAGAUGUGGUGAGGUGUGGUCAGGUGUGGUCAGGUGUGGAGGCGCAUCUCGUGGAGAGCGGUGGUGCAGGAGCUGUGUGGCGGCGGGGCCAGGGGGCGCGGCGGUGGGGAGCGGCGGCGGACAUGGCGGGGUUUGCUGUGGGCGGAGCUGGGCCGGGCGUGUAUGUGUGUGUACAUGUAGGUCGUGCACGUGUGCGUGUAUGCGUGUACGCGAGGGCGGGCGUUUGGAAAGUGCGGCGGCGGCGGCAUAUGCCGCUGCUCUGUGCCCUGUGUCCAGGACGGUCCGGGCUCCUGCGCCUGGCCCGACCGACUGUGGGCGGGCGGCGCGGGCCCUGUGCCUGAAGCGGCAGCUGGAAUCGUUUGGCUAUUGUAUGUGCGUACCUACACGUAGGGGCAGUAGCAGGAGCAGAGCGAUGCAGUGUUGUGCACGGGAGCCGCCAGGGGCGGCGGUGGGCGCAACGGAGCGGCCCGUGCACCCGCAGGCGUCUAUAUUGCCUGGAGUGGCGUUGGACGUGGUGCAGGUAGGGGUUGAGGUUGUUGGCGCGGCACGGGCGUCUGCAAGGCUGGGAGGAGUGGAGGAGUCAUUGGAAUGUGUCGGGACUCGGCAGGACAGGGCUGCAAGGCUCAGGGGAAACGCCGGCGAGUGUGGCUCAUGAUGGGGACGGCUCCGAGUCUGAGGUACUGGUGGGCUAGGCAGCAGGUACUGGCUUGAAACCAUGUGGGGAUGUGGCGGACGCCGCAAGACUGGCGGAGCUGGCCGUGGGGGACGGCUGGGAUUGGCAGAGGUGUGGCCGGGGAGUGGCAAGUGUUGUUUGCAAGCUGAGGGGGGGCACGGCGGCCCCGUUGCCUAGGCGGAGCCGCUUGUGGCCGUGUGGCGUCCGCACGUUGCCUGGCGCGAUGUGCUUGAAACGUGCUGAGCACAUACAGGGCUUGUGUGAGAUGCAUGCUGCUGCCCGCCACCCUGUAAACACCAGGAUACACGCGAGUGCGACGCGGUGGUGGCAAUGUGAGGUUGGAGAUAAUC